AGUGGUACCGCCCAGCCCGGCAGCCGGAACCGGGAGCGCGGCGGCGGGGCCGGGUCCCGGUCCCGGGGCUCCCCUCACACCGCCGGGUCCCCAGCGGCGGGCCCGGGCCCGGUGCAGCGCUCCCCCCGCCUCCGCUGCCCCUCCGCUGGGGUGUUACAGCCGGUACCCGCCGCGGGGCACCGCCCGGCACGGCCUUGUACCGGCCGCGGCCUACUCGUUGCCGUACCCGCAGCCCGUGCGGAGCAGCCGCCGCCGCCGCCGCCGUGUCCCGGUUGUGGCACCGGAACGUUGCUAAAACCGGGAGCGUGCAGCUCCUCUGGGCAGGAUGGACACGCUGAGGAACCGCACGGUGGAGGAGCUGCAGGAGCUGCAGGAGAACACGGAGGAGAUCGAGCGCCUGGCGCUGGAGUCGCAGGAGGUCCAGGAGCUGCAGCUGGAGAGGGAGAUGUCCCUGGCUGCCAACAGGAGCUUGGCUGAGCAGAACCUCAAGUUCCAGGCGCCGCUGGAGACGGGGCGCAGUGACCUCUCCAGCAAAUACGAGGAGCUGCAGAAGCUGGCUCAGAGGUGCCAGGAGCAAAAGGCAAAGCUGGAGAAGUUCUCUGCAGCAAUGAAUCCUCAGACCUUGCUGGAUCUCCUGCAGGUGGAAAGCCAGAAGAUUGAAGAGGAGUCUGAGCAAAUGGCUGAGAAGUUCCUGGAGGGCGAGGUGCCCCUGGAGACGUUCCUGGAGCAGUUUUCCAUCAUGAGGAAGUUGUCCCACUUGCGCCGGGUGAGAGUGGAAAAGCUCCAGGAGAUCCUCAGGAAGUCGGGAGCGCUGCAGGAGCCUCAGGAGCAGCCACCUCCUCAUGGACCUGUGCCCACAGAGCCCCCAAAGCCACAGCCCUUCCCUUCAGGAGCUCCUCCAGCAGCUCCUGCCUUCCCCCUGCCCUACAGCCCAACCCCAAACGUGGCAGCUGGCCCCACAGCACACGGAGCUCUCCCUCCUGCUCCCUUCUCUGGCUCCCCAGUCGCCGUGGGACACGUUGCUUCCUCCCAGCCCACCUUUCCCUAUAAACCUCCUCCAGCUCCUGGGUACCCACCAGCACAAGCUGCUGAAUCCGGGUAUCCCAAACCCCCCUCUUCUCCAGCACCAGGUUAUUCCUGGUCUCCAUCCAGGGGCCCACCUCAGCCCCCCCCAUUCCCUGGCUCUCAUCCUUCUCCUCCUCCAGCACCCCCCAGACCUGGGUAUCCUCCUUUCUUCCCCCCUGGAGCAGCGAGAGCACAGUGUCCAUACCCAACCCAGCCUCCUCUCCCUAACUUCCCAAUCCCCCCCCAACCUCCUUAUCCUCCUGGAGCACCUCCACCCUUUGGAUACCCCCCACUUCCCAAUCCCCAGCGCCCUGCUUGGCCUGGCUACUAAAUCUGGGGCUCCCAGCUCCUGGAAUCUGGGACAUCUGCUGCUGUUCCCUCCUCUUUGUUGGGAACUGAGGAAGAAGAGUGAUGCUCUUCAACCCAUGGAUGCAGAAGCAUUACACAGGGAGCAGCUCCGGGGGUCAGGCAGGUUGAUGCUGUCCCCAUGGACCACAUCUCCUGAGGUUUGUGAUCAUCUGAUGGGCUGAAGUGGCCAAUUCCAAGUGGAUUUAUCCAGGUUUUGAUGUGAAAUCCAGGUAGUACUGGUACCUCAUGGGGAUGUGAGGUGAUGGCAGCCCCAAGAGCCAGACCCCCUUGUCUGUGUGUGCAAGAGUCUGCUCCAUGUCGUGUGCUACAUGGGUCACGGAUGUCCUAUCUUCAUCCUAAACCUUUCCACAAGUGUUCAGAAGACACUUUGGGAAUCUUGGGCAGUAUUCCUGACCCAAAACCCGCUGCUGCUUUCCCACAUCCACUGAUUUGGGGCCCCAAAGCAGUCCCAGGAUGUGCCUGGAAGCGACAGGCAGAGCCAGCCUGGCUUGCACGUCGUUCCUAAUGUGUUGUAGCAAGGAGAAGGAACUCCCUGGAUGGGCCAGGCCUUGGGAUUUAUCCAUGCUUUAUGCUUGGAUGUGGGAUAACUUCCGCUCCAGCUCUGCUCAAGCCCUGCCCAUGGAGCUCUGAGGCUCCAGCACUGCCUCUGCCUGCGUGGUGAGUCCUGGGGUGCUCCAAAGCAGAGGCUAUUCCCAGUUUGGAUGAGUUCCAGUGCUCCCAGCUCCCUGGGAAGCACAAACCUCUUCACUCUAUCACUGUGCCCUGUCCCACCAAGAGUUUGGAGCCUCCAGUCACUUCCCAGAGGUCCAAGCUGGGAUAUUAUCCAUGCUUUUGAUGUAAACCAGGCUGGCACAAUGACUUGGGAUGUUGCUGCUUUGGGGCUACACAUCUGGGGAUCACAGGAAUGGGAAUUGGUGCUUCCCAUAUCCCAACCUCUCCCAUGGGGAGAACAGAGUUGUUAUUGGGGUGCUCCAGGCUCCAGCCUUCACAUUCCCUUUCUCAGGAAACACUAACGGAGGGAGCAACGAUUGCGGAUGUUCAUGGGAAUGGGAUUUGCUUUGCUCAGCACUUUAUCCUCCCGCUCCUGCCUGUCUCCCUGUAAGUUAUUUAUGAGGAACUGUUACUAAUGGACUAGGACAAGGUUUGAUGGAAGCAAUUCCAUCGCUCUGGUUAAACACAGUAAUAAAACUUGAUGAACUGCA